AUGAAGGAAAUGAAGGAGAUUCAACACAAGACAUUGAGAGUGAAUGGAAUAAACAUGCACAUAGCUGAAAUGGGCCAAGGCCCAUUAGUCCUAUUCCUUCACGGCUUCCCGGAACUAUGGUACUCAUGGCGCCACCAAAUGCCGUUCAUGGCAGCCCACGGCUACCGGGCAGUGGCCCCCGACCUACGCGGGUUCGGGGAUACCACUGGAGCACCCAAUGAUGACUUCACCAAGUUCACCACCCACCAUGUUGUUGGUGACAUUGUGGAACUUCUUAAUAUCAUUUCCCCUGACCAAGAGAAAGUGUUUGUAGUGGGCCAUGAUUGGGGAGCUAUGAUUACUUGGGCUUUGUGUUUGUAUAGGCCCGAUAAGGUCAAGGCCCUUGUUAACAUGAGUGUUCCUUUCACUCCACGAAACCCAAUUAUUAGGCCCAUUGCUCGUCUACGUGCUACUUAUGGAGAUGAGUACUAUAUUAUCAGAUUCCAGGAGCCUGGGGAAAUAGAAGAAGAAUUUGCUCAAAUAGGGACCAAGACAGUGUUGGAGAAGCUAUUGACUAACCGAAAUCCUGAACCACUGAUGUUGCCUAAAGGAAAGCCAUUUGAUCAAAGUCCAGUCAAAUUACCCCCUUGGCUGACUGAAAAAGAAGUUGAUUACUAUGCUACCAAAUAUGAGCAGACUGGCUUCACUGGUGGAUUGAAUUAUUACAGAGCACUAGAUCUAAACUGGGAACUGACAGCACCAUGGACUGGGGCUAAAGUAAAAGUACCAGUGAAGUUCAUAGUGGGAGAUUUGGACAUAACUUAUAAUGCAGCAGGAGUCAAGGACUAUAUACACAAGGGUGGGUUAAAGAAAGAUGUACCCUUUCUAGAAGAUGUGGUUAUCUUGAAAGGAGUAGCUCAUUUUCUUCAACAAGAAAAACCUGAUGAAGUUAACAAGCACAUACAUGACUUCUUGCAGGGCUUUUCUUCCUCUGAUUAAAGGUUCUGCACUUCGAAAUU